UCAUCACUUAAUUGUAGGUAGUGCGUAAAUACAGUAACAAUACAUUUUUAUAAGUAUUAACAACUAUAACUUUAUCAGUUGUUGCUGGCGAUUAGAUAAAUAGAAGCCAAAAAGUUUUGCAAAAACAGAAUCCAAAAUCGAACUGGAACCAACCUUUAACUAAAAAAAACAUGGUCAAUACUCGCAGUAGUUGUAAUAGAUUCGUUCCGUCAUGAACAAGUGUCUUUGUCUGCUGUCCUUCAUAACCUUACUGGCAACUGUUGGAGCAAUUUGCUUUAUUGUUUACACGGCCAGCACAGGGAAAUCCGAAUCCUGGAAAAUAAUAAGCCGCAAUGAGUGGGCGGCUCGACAACCAAAAGGCCGGGAACACAUCCAUGGUCCUGUGGAGUAUGUCGUUGUUCAUCACUCCUACAUACCGGAUGUCUGUAAUACAACGGAUGCAUGCAAGGCAUCCAUGAGGUCCAUGCAGGACUUUCACAUGGAUGACCAUGGCUGGGACGAUAUAGGCUACAAUUUUGCCGUCGGUGCUGAUGGCAAUGUGUAUGUUGGUCGCGGAUUCGGUGUGGUUGGUGCACAUGCUCCUCGCUAUAACAACAAGAGUAUUGGAUUACUGCUAAUAGGCAAUUUUAUGGAGAAAUUACCACCAAAACCAAUGAUGGAAGUUGCACAGAAAUUUAUCGCCUAUGCGGUAGAACACGACCAUGUGGUGGUAAAUUACACGUUGUACGGACACAGGCAAGUCAGAGACACCGAAUGCCCGGGAACGGCCUUCUUUGCUCAACUGAAAUUCUGGCCACAUUGGAGGCCCAUAUAAGUUUGCUUAAUAAUACCGCAAAAUAUAGUUGACCCGGAGACCGAAAAGAGAGAGAGAGAGAAUUUGUGUUUUUGAAGUUAGUUUUUUGUUUUUUUUUUUUUUGGUUGCC